UCUAGUUUCUGUUUUGGAAAGAAAGUACUUAGUACUUGCCGCUUCGAGGUUUGGAACGCAUUUAAAUGUUUUGCGAAUCCAGUGUGAAGCGGCUGAACUUCCGCGUUCCACGAUGUAAUUUGCGUUCUCGGCUGAUAGAUUGAUAGAGAAGGGCUGAUGGUUACGGCCAGUGCGACGUCAUGUUCCGCAAUGUAUUCAGUGCAGGGAUCUUAGUGAGGACAGUACACACUCUGCUGACCUGGGGAGUCACCUUGGUGCUUUUCCUUCAUGACACUGAUCUGUACCACCAAGAGAAUCAAUGGAAGCUGCUACAACCUUUGUUAUUUGGGCUAUUGGUUCUCUGCUCUGUUCUGCUAUACUUCAUAGUGUCACUUAUGGACCCAGGCUAUGUCCUCUCGGACUAUAAUUUAAAGUCCUUACCCACACAUGUAGAGCUGGGGAUGAUGAACCCAGAGGCACCCACUGGUGUGCGUUUGAGGCGUUGUGGAUAUUGUUUCUUGCAGCAGCCAAUGAGAGCGCGGCAUUGCAAAACCUGCCGUCAUUGUGUGCGAAGAUUUGACCAUCAUUGUCCUUGGAUUGAGAACUGUGUUGGAGAAAGAAACCAUCCUCUCUUCAUGCUUUACCUAAGUGUCCAAUUUGUAGUGCUAUUCUGGGCCCUUCGCUUAGCAUGGUCUGGCUUUCAGUUUGAAGCUUCAUGGACUGAGUGGCUUAAAGUUAACGUCUUUCUACUGUUGGCCUUCAUCUUGACUGGCAUUUUCACUAUUGUGAUAGCACUAUUACUUGGCUGCCAUUGUUACCUCAUCUCCUGCAACGUCACUACCUGGGAGUUCAUGUCACACCAUCGGAUCUCCUACCUGAAGCACUAUGACUCGGAUACCAGUCCUUUUGAUAAAGGAAUAUGCCGUAACCUAUGGGGCUUCUUUUGCACAUGCAAUAGUGUGGCCUGGGAGCGAGUUUAUUUUCGAGGCACAUACAAUACAGUGUGACAUCCUGAUUUUGACUUCUACACACACACAAUUGGAAGGCAAGCUGCUAUCCAUACAUUUUAUUUUCUCAAAAGUCAAACGGCAUGUAAAUUUGUACUGCAGCACUUUGCUUACAGGAAUGCAUUUUUAAGACUAGAGCCUUCUAGCUGUAUUUUGAUUGAAACUCCCAGCUUCAUAAGCCUAUGCGAUAGAACAGAUCCCCAACUAGUGGCUCGUUUGUAACAUGUUGCCCACCAACCCCUUGGAUGUUGCUCCCAGUGGCCUCAAAGCAGUUGCUUAUUUUUGAAUUCCAGGAAUAGAUGCAAGUUUUAAUUACAUACAAGCUAGGUGUAGUGCCAAACAGAGCCCGCUGUAGGUUGCCAGUCCACAUACCAAAUAGCCAGUUAAAGCCCUGAUUUGGCAUUGCCAGGGACUUUUUCAUGCUUGUGUUGCACCACCAACUCUUUUUACCUUUGAAUGUGGCUCCCGGGUAUUAAUACCAAAUGUAAAUAUAUUUUUCAAAUGCUAAUUUAUUUUUAUAUCUAAAUUUGUAACACAAUUCUUUUGAUACCAUGAUGAAUCCUGGAGCAGUCAUAUGUUUGUUAAUAAAUAACAAUGAAUAUAUGCACUCACACAA